AUGUCGGAUCCUCAGACUCGCGGAAAAGCUUGGCCUCUUGCCCCGGCUGACUUGAACAACCAGAUCCUCGAUCUUGUUCAGCAAGCUGCCACUUAUAAACAGCUUAAAAAGGGGGCCAAUGAAGCGACGAAAACCUUGAAUCGCGGUAUCGCUGAAUUUAUCAUCCUGACGGCAGACACGGAGCCGUUGGAGAUUCUUCUUCAUCUUCCCCUUCUGUGUGAAGAGAAGAAUGUGCCUUACAUCUUCAUCGAGUCGAAGGCAGCUCUCGGAAGGGCUUGCGGUGUUACGAGACCCGUCAUUGCUGCCAGUGUCACGACAAAUGAGCAGCGAGAGCUGCAGAGUCAGAUCCAGAUCGUGAAGAAAGCUAUCGACAAGCUCAUGGUUUGA